AGGUAACGGUAAAGGUAAUGGUGGUAAUGGUGGCUUAGCGCGUAUCAAGUGACAGAUUGUCUGCGGCAAGGAGGCCGGCGAUCAGUCGAUUCGCUCGCCGUCUUGGGAAACCAUAAUUUCCGACAGCCAUUCACAACUGUCAGUUUUCGAUGGUAUUCUAAUGUGGAAAUAAUGAUUGAUAUGUCCGGAAAGUAUCAAACGAUUUUGGAUUUCCGUUUAAUUUGAAUGUGCUCCUGCCUUUUUCGCUUCUCGCUUUCACUUUCUCCAGGCACUUCCCCCAUCGCCCCCGCUCACCCCGCAGCCGCCUCGUUUCGUCUUCGGAGGAACUUCGUCUUGGAUUCGGCACUGGGUUACUGGGUCUGCACAUCGCAGCAUCUGCGCUCGGUGGCGACUAUGACGUCAGCGGCGGCGGGUAAAUGGCCUCUGCAGGCUCGUCACAUGUUGCUGUUGCGCCCAGCAACAUCCGCGCCACGGAAAAGGGGCGCCUCCCCCUUGCAGCCGCAACAACAAGAGCAACGCGGAGGCGCAGGGUCAACAAUGUUUGGGCUGCCCCUGAAAGUAGGCAGCGAUUUUUUGCCCUGCUCCGCGGAGAAUAAACAGAGAAAUGUGGCAGGCGCGACGAGUUUAAAUUGCUUUAGCUGGACAUUGCUGGAGUUCGGAGUUGGCAACUUUGCAUGUUAUGAACUUCCCGUGCAAGUGGUCCAAUAUAAUUAGAUGCCUGAAAGUGUGCUGCCCACUUCGAGCGGAAAACAAAGCUUUUCAUUUCAAACUGAAAAUAGUUGGAUUUUAAUUAAAAACUUUUCUCUGCCACUUAGCUGCUAAACUGUGUUUAUUGUCCCGCCGUGCAGGUUGUCGGUGGAAAUUGAAGAGCACGGACAAAUUGCGGAGAUGCAAAUCACUUUUAAACGAGUUUUGAAUAGUAGAUUUGAUUUUCGUUUAAAUUUAAUCAAAUUUUCCCUUUUUUUCCUUUAUAACAUCUACUAUGUAUUCAGAUGCCCAAUAGUACAUUUUCGGGAUUUUUUAUACAUAUUUAUUUCUCUAUCACUGCCUAAAUGUAUUAAUUUUAAUCAAAAGUACAUGUUGUUUAGAAAUAUCUGUGCAUUCAUUCAUUUUGUGAAAAUUUACCUAACUAUUAAA